CAAAUCUAGUGAUGUUGUUCAGUGCAAAGGAAGUACCGCUGAUUAUUAUUAGUAGUUGGCACGGUUCUCUACUUAGUUGAGCAAGAUAAUUUUGUUUGGUGAAAAAUUCGAAUUUUUGGCAGACUUUCGUGUGUGGAAUUGAAAAAGUUUUCGGAAUACGUCAUCCCGUGAUUGGUGGACUGCUGGAAUCUGUGGAUUUCAAGGAAUCUUCAGGCGUAGCAGAUUUGGGGUUCUGCAUAAGUGAAUUCAGGGCAACGGAAGUGGGAUGAUGUGUUGCAAUUUUUCUGCUCUGGAGGCUGGAAAAAUUGAAGAUCGUGGACGUAAUCUGAGUUUGAAGUGUUCUUUUAGUGCUUUAGUGGGAGAGUUGUGUGGUGAAAUUUGAAUUCAAGAUUCUUUGAGAACAGAGUUUUGGAUUGUAAAAACUAACAUAAGUUUUCUUUCUGUUACAAAUCGGAUAUCCACAUCGAGAAGAUUGCUUCGUGGCAGCAGUAGCAAAAAAUACAAUCAGUAGUUAUAACGUCUUCUACUGCAGCUGACUGGAGAGCAUAAGAAAAACAUCGGUGGAAAGAGCACAAACCGCGUCUCUCACUAGCGCUAAUCCGGUGCUUGAAUCGUGCCGCCGUUUUUCCCCCCACACGAGAGGGUAGGGGAACCUGCAUCUCGUCCGUUAGUGCAGCCAAUCCAACAGAGUCUCAGUCAGAGUCAGAGUCUUACCCGAGUCCGAGUCUCGUGGCACUAAACUUCUGAGAAUGUUCAAUUAUAGACGAUGUGUGACAGACAGUCAACGGCGGCAGCAUUGCCGGCAGUAGUUUGGUAGCAGUCAGUGCCCCAGUAAAGUCAUCCAACAGCUGGAAGCAACCCGACCGCGAAGGCUGUGGAAAUCUUGGCCUGGAACAGGCCCACGCCCCUCAGGUGGAUUCAGUGAUUCGAAGAAGAAGAAGAAACCGUCCGCAGUACGGAGAACAAAGUUGGCGAGCUGUCAAUUUAUGUGCCCUGCUCAAGGGGUUUGUCUGCAAAAUAAUUUAUGUUUCGAGAGUGCAGUCUAAAAGUGCAGCACUUGGUUUAAAUUAGGGUACAACAACUAGCAUUGUGUUGAAAAUUGGAUCGAAUGAAGUGUGAAAAAAAUUGAUUAGUGGCGAAAUAGUUGAAGUGAUUCAAGUGCGCGAAGAAGAUCUAGGUUUCUUUCCAUUUUCCCCCAAUCGAGCAGAAGUGUGCUGUUUUUUUUUCGGAUCGAAGCAAAAGCUUGUGCGAAAAGUGGGCCGAUAAAUUUGGGAUCGUAUUCUUCGGGGAAACGUGAUUUCUCGGCUGCGUGGUACAUUUAGGGCAGACAAGAGCGGAUAGAUUAUUUGAAUCGGUGCCAAAUCUUUGUGGAUGGAUACAUAGUUGCAGACUACUGUAAGUGGAGUAAGUGUUCAGUCGCUAAUCAACGGCAUCCGGGAAGCGCAGCGGAAGCGGGAAUUGGCUUCUAUCCGGAGUCCUCGAGCGGAAUAUGGAUAGAAGUGUAGAUUCCAUUGGUAGUUGUUCACUCGAUGUAGACGCCGAUUCGACGGAUUUUUCAGACACCUCAGGAGAGCUUAACUUUCUCACCCCCAACUCGGCCAAGGACAUCCAGCGCGAGUUCACCGCCGGUAUCAAGGAACGUUGCAAAAUCCCGGUGAUCAACUGCCAGGCAGUGACGACCGUGUUGGAUCCCGUGACAGGAAACAUCAGUACCGUUCUCACGACGACGUCCCCCCAGGCAGAAACGGCCACCACGGCGGUCGCCAGCAAGAAGCCCAGCUACCUGAAUCUGGCCUGCUGUGUGAAUGGCUACUCGAAUCUGACGACGUAUGAUUCGAAGCUGAGGCAGGACAUCAACAAGUCCCGGGAAGUCUCGCCGAAUCGGCCGAUCAUUGCCACGCUGCACUACAAUCGGUCGGAGGGUGGCAAUUUCCAGCUGACCGCACCCACGCUUAGCUACAUUAGUAUGAACAAUACUAUCAAUAACAACGUUAGCAACGGGGGCAAAUUCGUCGGAAUGGUGAAUGGAGCGGGACGGUUUGUGGGUAGCGGCGGUGGUGCUGCUACCGGACAGGAUGUGACGGAUAAUGCCAUGUUCAAUGGGAAUGGAUUUGGUGGUGGGGGGCUGCGGACCAGAGUGAUUUCUUCGCAGUCCCAAAUUAGCAGUGUGAAGGAAACCGAAAGAGUGGUUAAGAAGAGCUUCAUUCAGCAGCGUGUCGAAAAGCUGUAUGGUAACGCGGAAGGUGUAGUGAUUAAUAAGCAAAUCUACAAUAGCAAUGAGAGGAAAUAUUUGAACAACAUUGCCAACGAAAAUGUGAGCAAAAACUACACCAAUGUGCUGCAUCUGAAUGGGAACGGAAAUGUGGCCACCAAUGGAAGUAGUCACGGCACUGUUGUCGGCACUGGAGGCGGUGGUGUGGGUUUUGGCGGUGGAACAAAAGAGAAUCUCGAUGAAAACAAUAAGGAAAUAGCCGAUGAUCCAGAUAUGGAAGCGCUGCCGGUGUUGCGGCAUUUGAGGCCCGAGUUCCGAGCGCAGCUGCAAAUCUUUUCGCCCAAAAAAGUUCCCAAGACAUCGCCGAGCCGGUCUGUUACGACGACGGCUGGGAGCGGCGCUGUCAGUCUCAAUGGCACCAACAACAAUCACAUCAUUCCCAACGGGGAUCUAAGUCACCAUCAUCAUCAUCACUCGCAUUUCGCCAAUGGCAAAGUCACAUCGAACGGAACGACCACCUCGCUGUCGUCCGCAUCUUCGGUUCUCACAUCAUCGUCCUCGUCUUCGGCGUUAGAAUCGAAGAGCAGCAGCUCUACUACAGUGACAUCCACCAAAACCACAACCAUCAAAGCGGCUUGCAUUGAAUCUCAGUCCGAACCGUCACUAUCAGUGGUCAAGACGGCAGAAUCCGUGACGUCCGGUAUCAGCAGUGAUGCAACAAUUGCUCCCCUUUACGAUAAUAGAAGUACCACACAAGAAUCUCGCUUGGCAAUCACGACAAAGCCGACAACGACGACAAGUACCGCAGUAGUAAUCGAGCAGGCAGCAGUUGAACAACAACCCAGUGGUUUAGAACAAAAGAUGAAACUUGCUGAACCGGCGACCAUGGUGGUUAACGGAGGUGAUGGUGGAGACUGUGUCGUGGCCAUGGUGACCCAGAAUGGGACCAGUAGAAAGAAUGGCCAUCACUCGACGACGGUGGACGAGGACAAGGAGAACGUCAACGGCGCUGGUCUGGUGUUGGAUGUUGCACCAGCCAAGACCCAACUCAAAGAUGGAAACCACUUUCUGCAGGUGCUCAAAAACGAACAGAAUCGGCUACUCACAAUGGCAGCCAACAUCGAGAGGGACGUUGAACAGUCGAAGGCCGAUGGUGUGGAGAUCAGCGAGGAAGUCGCCGGUUACGUGCUGGUAGCUGCAGGCAAGGCACGGCUGCUAUGUUCCCAGAAAAUGAAACAGUUCGAAGGUCUGUGCUACAGCAAUCUGAACCAAUCGCCCGAUGAAAAGUUCCAAACGACGUGCGAGGAUUUGCGUGGUUUCUGGGAUAUGGUGAUGUUGCAGGUCAAUGAUGUGGAUGCGUCCUUCAGUGAAAUCGAUUCUUUCCGGAGAAAUGGCUGGAAGAAACCGACACCCAAAAGUCCCACCCCACAAGUACGCAGCACUGCGCGAAGUACCAAGCUUACGAAACGGCCCUUCAAGUCCCCUGCCACGACGUCGACCAACGGAACCGGUAACUCGGCGGACGGCUCAGCAGCCGAUACGAAAAAAGCUGCUGCUGCUGCGGCCGCCGCCAAACGCGAAGCCCAGCGGAAACAGCUGAUGGAGCUUAAGCGGAAACAGAAACUCGCCAACAGCCAACAGAAUGUGGAGAUAUUCGUUCCGGGGGCAGCAGCCACCAAUGGAACGACACCGGUUGCAACUGCUGAUACGAAUGGUGCCUCGUCACCGCCCCUAGUGGAUGCGAGUUGAUCUCGUUUUCCCCAAGCUCAACAAUCAUUGGACUCAGCCGGACCAGAGCCGGAUGUUACAUAGACUAUCGUUUGUAUUGUAUCUUCUUUUUCGUUUUUGGACAUUGGUGUAGAUUACGCGCUAAAAUCAAAUAUGUACAUGUACAGCCCGGACCCCUCCCCGCGUAUAGGACACGAAUUCAUUCAUUCAAACAUAUUACCACACAUUACCUAUUAAUAGAGACACGUGGAUGGACUGACUGAUUAAUAAGACGACCAUGAGUAUGAAAGUACGAGCGUAAACCCAAACUGUGUGAUUUUCCAAUAUCUUCGUUGAGUGGAUGAGAUAUGCUGCGAUUGUGGGGUGAACAUAAAUGGAGUGAGAGAGAUUUUGGAUAGAGAAAAAAAUGAUAAACCCGUAACUGAAAUGCAUCAAAUGUGAUUUUACGAGAAAUGACAAAUUUUUUAUAUGUUGGAUAAACUUAUUAUUAGUUAGAGAGUAGUCGAUUGAACAAUAAAACAAUGCGAGGAAAUCAUGAAAAAAUAUUUAUUUAGUUGUAAGAGUCACGAAAUAUAACGUAAAAGUAGAAAAAUUCACGUUUUUUGCGACAUAGGAAAAUUUGUAGGUGUAAGGGCGAGCGCCCUUCUAUUUUUGGAUAUUUUUUUAUUAUCUUUUUGCUGGAGGAGUAUCUACACAUCGAAACUGUGUGCGAAACGUGAAUUGCAAAAUUUCCAUGUAGUGUUUGAUAGAGUUCGGAGAUGCGAAAUUUGCUUCGUUUUUUUGGUAGAAUUUAGUUGUAAGAUAUUUAACGAUUAACGUUCACCUCCACUAAACUAAAUACCUAUUAUCUAGCUCCUAUUUAUACUAUUAUAGGCGAGUAGAUCACUAAGGAAGAUGAUCUUUAAUCUGACAAACUGUAACAUUAUUAUUCUCUUUGUUCCAUUUGCGCGGAAAUCGGUUAACACUCGCGGUUUACGAAAUUUUCUUCCGUUUUAUCAUUCAUUGUUUACUUUGUUCCAUUAUAUUCUCGACAUUUUUCCUCCCAGUGAACUUAUCGAUUACUUUUGUCGAAUCCCGUACAUUCCUGCAUACUUAUUUUGGCCUUUUGAUCACACCAAUAAAUACUAUGAAUAUGAGUGCCUUUUGAUCAUUGAUCGCGUACAAAGUAGUACAAACCAUACAUAUUUUGUCUUUGUAUUGUUUUGUUGUGUUCUUUGUUUUCAAUUAUUGUGUAGUUUGUCCAGAAUUUGGUUUGGAGAAAUGUCGAACUGUAACGUACCCACUUUUUUCCGGAAUGCCGAGUAGUAGGGAAAAUUGCUCACACUUUUAAGGGAGAUAGAUUAUCGGAUCAAAAAACUGAUCUAUGACGAAUUGUAGCAUUUGAGCCACAUGUAAAAAUAUAUAAACAAUGCUUUCUUAUGAAAAUU